GUCCCGCUUGCUUGCAGUUAUUAGAUUUUUUAUUAUAAAUAGAUGGGCCUCUCAAUGUCUCUGAUAUCAAACAGUUCUUAAGAAUUGAAAUUAGGGUUAGGGCAAAGGAAUUCGAGAGUAGGCAAUGGCUCCCUUCUGUUUACGAGGUCGUUUUCGCAACAACAAACGUUCCAAAUUGCAAUGCAAGAAUAAAAAGAAGAAGAGUGGGAUGAAGGACAUGCAAGAAAGGUUUCAGAUGCUGAAAGUGGAGAUGGAGGAAAUCAGCGAUGAACAGAAGAAUAUAAGAGAAGGGCAGAGGCAAGUGAGGGAAAAAUUCGAAGCGAUUGAAAGUGAGUGUGAGGAAUUGAAGAGGGAAACUAGACUCAUCAUCCAGCGAAGCGCCCGGACCCAAAUCAAGCUGGUUCUUAUGUUCCGAAUUUUGAAAGCUAGGGAACAGGCUGACCUAGCCACUGCUGCCAAUUUCACUAACUUGCUUCGUGAAAUUGUAGGAAGAGAGAAUGAGGAAAGGCGAGCUGCAGGUGACAAUUGAACUGCAAGGAGGAACUUCUUCUGCUAGUAGAAAUAUUAAGCAUGGAAUUUAGUGUGUUACUAAAGUGGUUGCUGUCUUUUAGCAUUGGGGUUUAUUGCUAUGAACUUAUGUUUACUCUCUUUAGUUUGUUUCAUGUUGGGUAUUUUAUAUGAUAACUACAACUUUUUGAACU